AUGUUUCUACCGAAUUUCACAAUGAAAGCUAGCCUCAGAGGAAUUACUAGGGGUUCAAUCUUGCCGGUGCGAAGAGGGUUGCACUGCACCAAUUCUUGGCACGAGUCGGCUAAAACAGCAAAGGACCUUAUAAAGUUCGUGAAUACUAGCUCUCUGACGCACGCAGAAAGCUCCAGCAAUCAGUGGAGAUUAGAUUCCAAGGUUCCUGACUGGAAAAGGCAGAAACUAGCUCUUAACACUAAGCUUCAAGGCCAAAAAUGGAAUCCCAAAAAGAAGCUAUCUCGUGAACAGAUGGAGAGCAUUAGGCUCUUGAAAACCCAAUUUCCACAUAUGACGGCUACCCAGCUGGGCGAGCAGUUUAGGGUUUCCCCUGAGGUCAUCAGAAGGAUCUUAAAGUCGACAUGGCAACCCAACGAGCAAGAAAUGAUUAACUUACAGGUACGAUGGAAGCGUCGAAGCCAGCGCAUCAAUGAGAAAUCCAAAUCUUCGGACGAGGUACCACAUAUGCUACCAAAGAAACUGGUGCUUAGUACAGGUCGAUCCAAUACCGAUAUAACCAUCAAGGACAUCAAAAAAUUCCAUUCUCAGAGACACAAGAAUACUCGAGACAAGCAGAAAUUAGCACUACUGUCAAACUUAAUAGACUAA